AUGUCGGAAUCGUGUCAAGACGGUAAUUGUCAAGGAAAUAAUGAAUAUGGGGCGGACGAAUCACCCACCAAACUUAUUGUUAAUUACAUUCCUGAAGUCAUGACCCAGGAUAUGAUGUUCUCGCUAUUUUCGACAAUGGGUAAACUGGAAAGUUGUAAAUUGAUAUCGAACCGAGGCUAUGGGUUCGUCGAGUACUCUCGUCCAGAGGAUGCAGUCAAGGCACGAAAAGCAUUUAACGGGCUCCUGAUGCAAAACAAGACUCUAAAAGUGUCACAUGCACUCCUCAAUCCAGAGUCUAAACCUCCAUCGAAGCCUGAAGCAGACUGGAACCUUUACGUAUGUAACCUGCCUAAUGAACUGACCUUGCAGGAUUUACAUGGACUCUUCGCACAAUUCGGUAAAAUAGUUAAUUCUCGUAUAGCUGCAGGUAUAGCCUUUGUAUUAUAUGAGCAUCAGUAUGAAGCGGAGAGGGCCAUUCAGAGUUUAAAUGGUACAACGCCGCCUGGGUUUUUACAUCCGUUAACAGUUAAGUAUGCUAAUAAAAGUAAUCCUAAUAAACAUAAAAACAAUAAUAAUAACUUUUCCAAAAGUUCGCUUGUAAGACCUUAUCAUUGGAUUAAUCAUAUGAACGCAAUAGGAGAUCACAAUUCUCCAAGUACAUGGUCAAUAUACAUUUACAAUAUUGCCCCCGAAGUGGAGGAGUUAACUCUGUGGCAGCUUUUUGGUCCAUAUGGUGCUAUCGUCUCUGUUAAGAUAAUUAAAGACCAUCAAACAAAUAAGAGUAAAGGAUUUGGUUUUGUCACUAUGAGAAACUAUGACCAAGCAGCGAUGGCAAUACAGGCGUUGAACGGUUUGGAAGGGAAAAAACUUUUAUUCUGCGUGUGUGACGGCGUUACGGCCGUGGCGGACGGAGAGGGUUCUGCAGUGGCGGGGGGCGUCGGCCUCACCGUGAGCAGUAAGGUAUAUCCAAGCCCGGGGGCGGCGCGCGGCGUGUGGGCGCUGCCGCAGCCGCCCCCGUGUACCAUGGCCGCCGAAGAGCCUCUACCGCCAUGCUCUCCAAUGUCUCCUGAUGCACCAGCUGCUCCACCGCGAACUAUUACCAACAUCAGCUAUCAUUCUGAUCUUCAUCAACUCUCAGCUCUUAUUUUUGAAGCUGUUCGGUCUGGAGAAGUGUCCGAAAUCGAGCGCCUGGUUGAAAAGCUUGGUGUAGAAGUCCUUAGUGCACGAGAUCAACAUGGCUACACUCCUGCUCACUGGGCAGCAUUAGACGGUAGCGUAGCCGUUAUGCGAUAUCUCGUCGAAAGAGGAGCCCCUAUAGAUCUUUCUUGCUUAGGCACUCAGGGUCCUCGUCCAAUUCAUUGGGCUUGCCGAAAAGGCCAUGCAUCUGUAGUGCAGGUGUUGUUACAGUCUGGUGUUGCAGUAAAUGCAGCAGAUUUUAAAGGUUUAACCCCACUAAUGACGGCAUGCAUGUACGGCAAGACUGCAACGGCAGCGUAUCUCCUCGGGAUGGGAGCAGCAACCAGACUCUCAGACAUCAACGGUGACACAGCGCUACACUGGGCCGCAUAUAAGGGCCACGCCGACUUAGUCCGACUCCUGAUUUAUUCAGGAGUACCACUGCAUUGUACUGAUAACUUCGGCUCGACACCUCUCCAUCUGGCAUGUCUCUCUGGAAACUUGACGUGCGUAAGGCUACUUUGUGAGAAGGUAAAGGCAGAAUUGGAACCUCGUGACAAAAAUGGAAAGACGCCACUAAUGUUGGCGCAAAGUCAUCGACACGUAGAGGUCGUUAAACUGUUACAAAAGGAGAUGAAACGCAAAUCACAUUGGAUGCCGCCUCUAUCAGAAUUAUGGGCAUUGUUAUUUGGUGGAGCUGGUGAUUCGAAGGGACCUUUACUAUUCUUUUUAAUUUCAGUACUUCUGUGGGGGUAUCCCAUGUAUGUUAUACGAUGCAUACCUUUAACUUGGAAUACAUUACGCCUAUCCCACUAUUGUUUCCUAUACUGGAAUGCUAUAAUGUGGCUCAGCUGGGUGAUUGCCAAUAGAAGGGAUCCAGGUUAUAUUCCUCAGAAUUCUGAAACCUAUUAUAGAGCCAUUAGACAGAUUCCAUAUUAUGAUAAAUGGAAGAAGAGGAAUGUAAUUUUGUCACGAUUGUGCCAUACGUGCCGAUGUCUAAGGCCAUUGAGGGCUAAGCAUUGUCGCAUAUGCAAGCGCUGCGUUGCCUACUUCGACCACCACUGUCCUUUCAUCUACAACUGCGUCGGAGUUCGCAACAGAAUGUGGUUCUUUCUUUUUGUGAUGAGCGUCGCCAUCAAUUGCACCUUAUCGAUAUAUUUUGCCUGUUACUGCCUAUUGUUGGAAGGAUUUGGACUACUCUACGUACUUGGGCUGUUGGAAGCGAUUACAUUUUGUGCACUCGGUUGGAUACUUACCUGUACAUCUAUAUUGCACGCGUGCAUGAAUUUGACAACAAAUGAAAUGUUCAAUUAUAAAAGAUACCCAUAUUUGCGAGACAAACGGGGGCGUUAUCAGAAUCCAUUCUCACGAGGGCCUUUAAUGAAUCUGAUAGAGUUCUUCGUAUGCUUGCCAGACAAGGGUGAUGAACAAGAUAUUUUCCACGAAGAGAACAUAUGA